AUGACGGAGGCGGAAAAAACGGUAGAAGAGCGGGCAGCGCCCCCAGAAGCCACGCAAUACCCGUCGCUGGCGAAAGUGAUUCUGAUCAUGACGGCACUGUAUGCCUCAAUGUUUCUGAUCUUUCUGGAUAAACUGAUCGUGACGGCAGCCAUUCCUCGUAUCACGGAUGAGUUCAAGAGCCUGGGUGAUAUCGGAUGGUAUGGAAGUUCCUUUAUGCUUGCCGCGGCUGCCUCCCAGCUGGUAUAUGGCCGGAUUUACACCUUCUAUCCCGCCAAAUGGGUGGUCCUGGGCUCCAUCUUGCUCUUUGAGAUCGGCUCUGCAGUCUGCGGUGCCGCACCCUCCUCCGCCGCACUGAUCGGCGGCCGGGCGAUUGCUGGUCUGGGGACCGGGGGGAUUGCGUCCGGAAAUACGGUCCUCAUCGUGCUGCUGCUACCCCUGCGACUAAGGCCAAUAUUCCAGAGCCUCAACGGCGUCAUCUUCGGGGUGGCCUCCGUUCUAGGUCCAGUUCUCGGAGGCGUCUUCACCACCCGCCUCACCUGGCGCUGGUGCUUCUACAUCAACCUGCCAUUCGGGGGCGCAGCGUUCGCAGCCAUCUUCUUCCUCCUGAACACCCCUGCCCCGCGCAACGGAGGCAUGGGUCUGAAAGAACAGCUCCUCCUCCUCGACCCCCUGGGAAAUCUCGCCCUCAUCCCCAGCGUGACGAGUCUCCUCCUAGCCCUGGAAUGGGGCGGAUCGGCCUACCCAUGGAACAACUGGCGCAUCCUCCUCCUCUUCAUCCUAUCCGGGAUUCUCUUCCUCACAUUCAUCUACCUGGAGAUCCGAAACCAAGAGAAAUCACUCAUCCCGCCACGAAUCUUCAAGCAACGCUCCGUCCUCGCCGGCACGAUCUGGACAACAUGCAUGUCCGCCGGAAUGACCGUGAUCCUGUACUACCUCCCGCUCUGGUUCCAGGUAAUCAAGGACGUCAACGCCGAAAAAUCAGGCAUCAUGGUCCUCCCCUUCGUGCUCUCCAUGACCGUGACGGUGAUCACGUCCGGCAUCCUGGUCUCCCACCUCGGAUACUACAACCCCUUCAUGUACGGCUGCACCAUCAUAAUGAGCAUCGCAGUCGGCCUCCUCUCAACUCUCUCCCCCACCGCGCCGCCCGCCAAAUGGAUCGGCUACCAGAUCCUCUUCGGCAUCGGGCUCGGCCUCGGAUUCACGCAGGCAAACAUCGCCGUGCAGACGUGUCUUGAGCGCGCAGACGUACCCAUCGGCGCAUGUCUAAUGAUGUUCACGAACCAGCUCAGCGGCGCGGUGUUCCUGGCCGUCGCGCAGACGCUGUUUGCGAAUUACCUGGCGGAGAGGGUGUCGGAUAUGCCCGGGUGGGAUGGACGCAGUGUGGCGAGUAUCGGGGCGAGUAACUUCCGCAGUGUGUUUUCGGGGGAGGCGUUGACGGAGGCGAUUCGCGCGUAUAGUGAUGCGAUUAUGAAGACGUUCUUUUUGGCGCUGGGCAUGGCGUGUUUGUCGGUUGUGGGGGCCGGGUUGAUGGAGUGGAGGAGUGUGAGGAGGGGGAAGGAGGGGUGGUGGUGGUGGAUGGGGGGAGUGAGUCGGAGAAAUGAGAGGUUGAUGGGUGAGGUUGAGGUUGAAGUUGAGGUGGUGUUGAUUGUGUUGCUGGUUUUGGGCAGUCUGUAUUUUUUCUUUGGGGGGGGUGUUUCGAUUUGCAUUCACUGA